AUUGUUGAUACAACUCUGAGCAAAACUGUCUAAUCAGAAAAAGGUUUUCUGUUCAAGAACAGUUGGGCUCAAAUCUUUAAAAUGGAAUUUUUUUCUAAAAGAAUCAGAUGCCCAUUUCAUGUGAUUCUGGACCCAAUUCACAACCUAACCCAAGAAACCCAAGCCCAACCCCGCGUUAAACCCAAGUUAAACCCCAAAUUCCUCCCUAUUUUCUUAUCUUCCAAACGCUGCAAACCUGACAGACAGCUCUCAGAGUGAGCCCACAAAAGCGCGCCAAAAAAAAAAACCACCAUGCCUGAACUUCCGGAGGUAGAAGCCGCGAGAAGAGCCGUCGAAGAGCACUGUGUGGGCAAGAAGAUCACGAAAGCUGUGAUCGCUAAUGACUCAAAGGUCAUCGAUGGAGUCUCUCCUUCAGAUUUUGAAGCCUCUCUUCUCGGUAAAACCAUUGUCUCUGCCCACAGAAAGGGCAAAAACAUGUGGCUCCAGCUCGAUUCCCCUCCUUUUCCUUCCUUCCAGUUCGGAAUGGCGGGUGCUGUAUAUAUAAAGGGUGUUGCAGUUACAAAAUAUAAGAGGUCUGCUGUCAAGGAUACUGAUGAGUGGCCAUCCAAAUAUUCCAAGUUAUUUAUUGAACUAGAUGAUGGUUUGGAGCUAUCUUUCACAGAUAAAAGGCGAUUUGCUAAAGUUCGCUUGCUCGAAGAUCCAGCUUCUGUGCCCCCAAUAUCAGAGCUUGGCCCGGAUGCCCUAUUGGAGCCAAUGACAAUAGAUGAAUUUAUCAAAUCCUUGAGCAAGAAGAAGAUUGCAAUUAAGGCUUUACUACUUGAUCAGAGUUAUAUUGCAGGCAUUGGCAAUUGGUUAGCUGAUGAAGUGCUUUACCAUGCAAGAAUUCAUCCAUUGCAAGUAGCUUCUAGCUUAACCAGAGAAAGCUGUGAAACUUUGCAUCAGUGCAUCAAACAGGUUAUUCAAUAUGCUGUUGAAGUUGAUGCUGAAUGCAGCUUAUUUCCACUUGAAUGGUUGUUUCAUUUUCGCUGGGGAAAAAAGCCUGGAAAAGUAAAUGGGAAGAAAAUUGAUUUCAUCAGUGCCGGUGGCAGGACAACAGCCUAUGUUCCAGAGCUGCAAAAGCUAAGUGGAACUCAAGCUGCAAAAGCAUCUGUUAAACCAAGAAAACAAACACCCAUGAGAAAAAAGGAAGAGAAUGAUGAAGAUGAUGAUGAUGAUGAUGCUCUUGAUGAACCAGCCAGUGAGGAAGAGAAAAACACUAAAAGAGCUAAAUCAAAGAAAGGGCAGAAUCCCAAAGGUGGAGGUAAAAAGCCCCCAGCAAAAAGGAAGGUUGAGGAAAGUGACAAUGAUAGUGAUGAUAACGAUGACAACAAUGAUGAUGAUGAUGAUGAUGAAGACAAGGAUGGUGAUCAAAAGAAGGCAAAGAGGGUGACCAAGAAUAAGCAAACCAAGGUGGAGAAGACAACCAAGAAGAAAGUGGAAAAGAGUCAUAAAGGUAAGCCAAUGAAGAAAAAAGUGAAGUAGGUUGCUAAUUGGAUACCUGCACCCUUGUUCCAUGUUAUGGAACAGGGAAGUAAUAUUUUCGGUUAUUCAGGUCCUGGCCAUAUUACAGCUUAUUUUUUUCUUUUGGAAUUCUACACUGCAUGAAUCCCGCUUUUGUUUUAACCGUCUUUUGGCGCUGAUGGCCUGUAUAAAUGCAAUAUGUGGUUGGAACCAAACUGUUUAAUUUUUUCUUUUCCUUUUUUUCCUUUGAAUGUAAGUGCAUUUUGCCAUUUUGCC